AUGAUGGGCCACGAUAUCCUCCCUGAUGUCAGGGACCAAGACGACGGGUCUGAUGAGGAGGUGCAACGCCGCUUCCGUGCCCGCCAGUUUCCACAGGAAUCUCACGCCUGUAGCGAAAUUACGGCAAAGUGUUGGGAGCAGGCAUACAGCUCUACUAUCGAAGUUGCCCAGGAUAUCGAGACUCGAGAGAAGAAAGCGAGCGCGAGGGAGAUGGCGUAA